UCAUCUACACGCAUUGUUUUCCGCUCUCCGCGGGAAACAAAUCCACAAUUUGACUAUUUAACUAUUGAAGUACUUGAUUUAUUGUUUAAAUUGAAAGAUUUAGUCAUAAACUAGAUACAAAAAUAUGAAAACUUCACUCAAACUAAUGCAUAAGUGUAAAGCAAUUUAUGAUUGCAACUGCAGUUCUAAAAAUAGAAAAAGGAAAAAAAGAGUUUAAGAUAAAUGACGUUUGAUUAUGGGAGAUCAGCCAUCAAAAGAGGGACAUCAAGGUUUAGUUAAAUCAGAAGAGCAUCCUGAAGAGAAUGUACCUCAUCCACACAAACAUAAUUAUCACAGAGGAAAUGUGUAUGGAAAUUCUAUACCUAAUGGCAAUGUGUUUGACUCUGGUGGUGAAUCAGAUGCACAAAGUAGUUCAUCUAGUUCUGGAGCAAGACCUAAGUAUACUGGCUUUAUGUCACCAAGGGAUUCAAUUACUGAUAACCAUAUAGGUUCACAGUCAAAAAACAUGUCACGGUUUUCUGAAUCAGUACCAGACCUGGCUGGAAUAAGUGCUAAAAAUGACUUGAGUAGGAUAAGGGAUGUCAGAGAAGGGUAUACGAGUAGAGAUGACAAUUUUACAGCCAAGAGAAAUAGUUUUAGGUCAAACGAGGACUUCAUUGGACAUAGAAGUGAUAUUAACCAAAACAGACACAUGGGUGUUAUGGAAUCAAAUGUUCCUUUAAGAAAACCACAACAUUCACAAUCUCUUAGGAAACAAAACAUUACCACACCAAAAUCAUCACAAAGGGGACAUACACCAGUGUUUCCUCAUACAAAUGUUGAUGCCAGUAAGGCAGGAUUAUUUGGAUCACAGCAAGUUUUUUCAAACUCUGCCUCUGUUAGAAACCAUAAAAGACAGUAUAUGGUAGAACAGAAACCUGAUGGGGAACAGUAUAGAGACCGUCAGAAACCAAAAGUGAAUUCUUCAAGUGUUAGCGUGAAUAAUAUAAGUGUUCAAGAUGCUUGGAGUCAGUUUCAGCAGAUGCAACAAUCACUAGAACAGUUACAACAUAGUAGUAAUGAAAUUCUACAGGAUCUGGACAAUGAAGAAAGAGAAAAUGAAGAAUGGAUAUCUGUUAUUAACAAGAAAGCUACAGGUAUUGAAAAUCGUUUACUGAGAAUAGAAGAGAAGUCAAAGGAUGAUGAAUUAACACUUCAACAGCUAGCAGAUCUUGUGGAAACUAUUGGUGGAAAAUUUGAUGAUAUAGAAGAUAUUCUUAAAACACUGUCCAUUCAUAAUGAUUGUGAUGAUGUGAACAAUGUUGAACAGUUAAAUGAUGGAGAAGAACCAGAGAUUGUUUUAGUACAGUGUGUGUCUGAAGAGGUAUCCCCACUGACAGUGUCUGAACCAAUGCCUGGAGGGUGUAAGGAGGCACCAGACAAUGUUGAGGAGGUAUCGCCACUGACAGUGUCUGAACCAAUGCCUGGAGGGAGUAAGGAGGCACCAGACAAUGUUGAGGAGGUAUUACAGGACAUUAAUAUUGACUAUUCCUCUUUGCCAAAUAUAUCCAAAGAUAAUAAAGGGUAUAAACAAAGAUGUACGGGAAGGAGUGAUGAUAAUAGAAGACAGAUAAGGAAAGAUAGAAAAAGUAAAAAUAAAAAUGUAAUGAAAACUUGUGAAAGUGAACAGUCUGUACAACCUAGUCCAGGACCUUCCUCUUUAAAUGUUGCUGUAAGAAAUAAAGAAACAAAAGAAGCAUCUAGACCAUGUGAUCAAACAACUUCACCAGCGAGACAAGCAAAAAAACAACAGCCAACUACAUCACAUCAAACUACUUCACCAGGUAGACCUCCAGUUGUUAAAGAAAGUAAAACCAGUUUAGCAUCCAGUUAUAGUCUUCCUGAUGAUAGAGAUGAUUAUAGAAACCUAGCUGUUCUGGCAAGUGGAGAAAGAGUUUUACCUUCAAUUCAGCAGGAGACCAUUCCAAAUGCUGAUAAGUUUUGGAUGGGAUUAAUGGAAAGAGAAAGAGAAGCUGCUGAGAAAAGUUCAUUACCAAAAGGUGAUGGAGAAGACACCUAUCUUAUUUUAGACACGUCAGCCAGUAUGGAAGGGCAGCCAUUUUCAGACUUGAUGAAGAUAGCUAGAAAUUUCCUCAAUGGACUAUGUGAAAAUGCUCAGUUUACACAAGAGAAUGUUUGUAUUGUGGAAGUUGGCAUAGCUACCAGAGUUCUGGUCCAUAAAACUAAUAGUAGAGAUAAAUUACUGUCAUCUCUAGGUCAGCUAAGACAAGGAGGAAUGUCACCUGUAACAGGAGCUCUACUUGUAGUGGAAGGAAUCAUAGCAAGAAACUCUACUCCAAAAAAAGUAGUUGUGAUAUCAGAUGGAAAGAUGACACCUAUACAUAUUAAAUCUGGAAAAGAUUUACCUGAUCUACAUAAUGAACAGCUUAAAAUCCAGCUUAAAAUCUUAGGCCACAACAUGCGUGCCUUGAAUGUUAGAAUAUUCUUUGUUCCUGUAGGACCUUAUGAUUCUAGUUUAAUGGAAGGUCUGAUAAAAGACACCAGAGGGGAUGAAGUACUACCAGCCAACAUUAGUAGACUGUACAAUUGGACAAGAAAUACUCUUUUAGCGAUAAAACUUGCAGUUGAUUGUAGAAAACAACAUCCUGGAGUUUCAUUAGAUAACGAACAAUUCAGAGAUGUACUUGAGCGUGCAGGCUCUGAAUGUCAGAUUGGGCCAGAUGACAUACACUUAGAGGUUUUGGACAAUGGAGUAGGAAGGGUUUGCAUUAAGAGUAGAAGAUCUGUAGGUGCUGUUAAUAAUUUGCAGGAAAUUGAUGACAUGAUGAAAGUUGCUGUAGAAGCUGAGCAGACUGGAUGCUCCUAUAUAGAAUGUGAUGCUAACAUGCCACCAAUAGGAACACGUGUGCGGAGAGGUCCUGACUGGAGAUGGGACAAUCAAGAUCUAGAAAUGCCAGGAACUGUUGUAUCACAUACUAAUACUGGACAUAUUUGGGUAGAGUGGGACUUUGGUAAUAUCAACAGAUAUCGUUAUGGAGUAGAAGGAUGUUACGAUGUUGUAACAUCAGAGGAUCCUCGACUUCUUGAAGAUCAGAUUAUAGCCGUUGGUUGUGUUGUCAGAAGAAGUGAUGGAUGGAAAGAUGGUCAUACAGAAGAUGGUGGGUCUGGGAAGACAGGGUCUGUCUUUAUUGUUCAUGAUGAUGGUACAGUUCAGGUGAGAUGGUCCAAUGGGAAAAUGGGAAGAUAUCAGUGUGGAUUUGAUGGCCUUUCUGAAGUUGAAAUUUGUGAUCCUUUUCACCAAAGACAGUUAGACAGCUUGCCAAUAGCAGCUGGUGGUGAACCUGCCCCUAAUGUUCUCCCCAAGGAGGAGGAGGAGCUGGAGGAAGAUCCAAUGGUAGCAGAAAUGAACAGAAAGAAUGCACUGAGAUCUCAGGAAGUCUCUAGUCAACAAGCUCAGAACUCAGAUAAUAUACAGAGAGAUAAACAAACAUCAGGCUCAAAACUUACAGAACAAGCAUCUAGCAAACAGCCAAUCACCAAAGAUCAAUCGUCUGACGACAAUAUGAAAGUUCACACAGAGCAAUUACCAGUAAGAAGUAGUGACACUAGAACAGACAGACCAAGGGAUAACAUAAAAUCUUCACAAAGUGAAAGAUCAAGGCCAAAAUUAAGAUUAGAUAUUCCAAAGUCUGGAAGCUCUGAUAGUAUUGAUAAUACAGGGAUAGAUGAAAUACCAGAAAUAAGUAUAGCGUCGCCUGGUGAAGGCCUUUGGCAGUACAAAGAUGGGUAUGGUGGAUGGAAAGCUUAUAGUAAAGAACAAAGUGAUAAACUAGAAAAAGGAUAUUGUCAUAACCCAAAAGGAGUCUCACUUAUUACUGUUGGGAAGUCACAGUACAGGAUAAUGUUUUCUAAAUUCAAACAAGUCAAUUUAAAGACAAAGGAAAUGAUAGAUGUUAAAAGAAGUGUUUCUGCAUCAUGAUGAAAUAAGAAGAUGUAGGAAUAUAACCAAUGGAACAAAGAUUGACUACAUAUAAAUUGAAGGCUUUGUCAAAUGUAAUAUUUGAGCAAUAAACACUGAGAUAUUUUCAUGUAGUGAUAAGUGAAGAUACAGAAAUUAACCAAUCUUUUACAAUAUUUUAAUUUAUAUCAACACUAUCCAUUUUCAUGAUUCAUAAGAUUGAGAAAAUGUACUGUUAGAUUUGGUUGUAAAAUUUAUUAUACUUAUGCAGGAAUCCCCAUGGAUGAAGAUUUAACAAUGGAGGAACUUUCACCAUGACAAUGGCGGGUGAAAGUUCCUCCAUUGUUAAAUCUUCAUCCAUGGAGAUUCCUGCAUAAGUAUAAUAAAUUUUACAUUCGACUAUGGUGGCAAAUAAUUUAACGAUGGCAGAAAUCAUUUGAGAAUGGCGGUGCGCCAUCAUAAAACAGGUCAUGGAGAUCCCUGCUUAUGGUUAUAUUAUGUCUAAAUGUGACCAAGUCUAAACAAAAAAGGACUAUUUGGGACAUUAAUGUAUAGGACUAUUUGGGACAUUAAUGUAUAGGACAAGGAUGAUUGUUUUAACUUUUUAAUUAUUUGUUAUUGUUUUUUUUAAAAGGGGGCAACCGCACUGUCUAGGUAUUAAAAUGUUGUGAUAGUCAUAAUCUGCAUACAUGCUAACGUCUCAUGAGGGGUUUUAAGGGGACCUGAUGCAUCUGUUUUACAUGUAAAAAGUGUUUUUAAUCUAAUAUACUAUGGUUUUCAAUGAGUAUAUAUAUAUGUGAUAAAAUGCUUUUUGAACUCACUAGAAAGCCUGUUUUGAGGUAAACAGUUAAAUUAAUGGAGGUUUUCAAUAGUUGGUUUAUAACUUCUCAUAGGGAAAAUUCCCCAUAAAUCAGGAAAUUUGGCAGGUUUGCAUGAUCUGGCAUCUAGUGUCUGUAGUCUACCAUUGUCUUCUUCUAAGAUAUUCUCUGAAAUUUGAGCCAAUUAGCAUCAUUCUUGGGGUUAUCUUUAAAAGUUAUGACUCCGCCAUUUCUUUAAAUAUAAAUUAUAUAAAAAAUGAAUAAAACAUUUUGAGUUUGAGUUGAAUAAUACAAUAAUUAUCCUCUUUAACUUUGGAGGUCGACGAACAAUCAGUCUUCAAACAUGGCUACCAAUAAUAUCAAUAGCGAAGAAUUUUUCUAAUAUCACUAUUUCUUCAAAAGUCUGGGCUGAAACCACUGGACCUUUUGAACCAUACUUGAAAAAAAAUAAUGUAAAGAAAAUGAAGGGUUAUUAUACAAAUAUAUCAUGCUUAAAAGGGGUAUUUGCCAAAAAUACCGGUUGAGAGGUACAAAUUUCUAGAGCCUUUAGGCGAGGGAAAUUUGAUUACCUCGAAACCGGUAUUUUUGGCAAAUACCCCUUGUAAGCAUGAUAUAAUUGUUUAAUUUCACCGAAUGUUCUUUGUAUCCAUCUUGACCUCAGAAAGUUUAUUGUAAUCAGGUAUCAUAUGGAGUUUCUACUUGAACGUAUAAUUUUUUGUAUAUACUGCAGCUGUGCUAUUUGCGCAGUCAAAUUGCAUUGGCCGUAAAAUCAUUUCUGAUCAUUUUUUAUGUACAGUCACUGACUGUAUAUAUAUAUAUAUAUAUAUCCCUGUUUAUGAUAAGCUGGUUCUUGACUGACUACUACACUUUGUUCAUCAGUUUGAGUGAAGUGUAAUACAAGCGGAUUCCAGUUUAUGUUUAUGACCGUUUGACAAUGUGUUUCCGUUGAGUUUUAUUAAUGACGUCAUUAAAAGUACAGGUUCGCGGAAUUUUGACGUCAUUCGCUCCAAAUUCAAUAACGAUGUUUUUUAUCCUAAAUAUUUCACUUGAAACCGUAUAUUAAGAAUGACCAUAAAUUUGUCCUAUUUGAUUAGAAAUAAUUCAUUGGAUUAUUUUUAGACAUGGUAUUCCCCAUCUGUCAUGGUAUUUGCUAGCAAAUACCCUGGCACAUGAAAUACCCUAAUGACAAAUACCCCGGCAGAGAAAAGAAAAUCUCAAUACAUAGAAAUUGGUGAAAAAUACCAUGUCUCUCAUCCAAUCAAAAUACAGCAUUAUUACAUAAGGUGGAAUUAUGUGUAAUAAUUUAUGAUACAAAAUUCAUACACAAACUCUAGCAUUUGCUCACACCUUCUUAAACUUCAAGACAGCACUGAUUUGAGCAGAAGUUUUUGUAAAAUGUUGAUAACACUACAUUUUUGUUUUGAAACACAAAUAGGGUAUCUGGAUGCAUCAUCCCCAUAUAUUUCUAUAUUCACAGUUUGAUGAAGACCCCAAUGUCAUUAAACAUAGCUAUAAUACUGUUAAUUCAUUUAUUUUUGUUUGUAUCAAUUUAUUAAAAAAGCUAUUGCUUUUCCAAGGAUACCGGAUUUUAUGGUUUCAUCAUUUGCUUCUUGAAAGUAACUAAAUAUUUGUUUCAUUUGUUUUCAUUUGUUUUCAUCAAGUAUGUUCAUUCAUGAUCCCCCCUUUUCACAUAGGUAUCCUAUAGAUACUUAUAAAUCUACAAUAUUUUGUCAAAAAAACUGUACAGUUUGGUAUAAAGUAAAACCAAUCAAGAAGGAUAUUCUGAAAAAUCAGCUAACUUAUUUCUUUUGAACUUGUAAAGGUUGAAUCUGUUAAAUGGGAUUGGACAAUAUUCAUUUUUCAUUUCAAUUGAGAGUGGCCAUUGUUGAUAAUAGACAUAUAUUAAGGUGAGCGAUAGGGGACUCGUUAGACCUUUUAGUUGAGUUUCUGUUGAAUAAAUGUAUAAGCUUAAGCAUCACUGAAUGUAACCAUGUAUCAUAUUGUGAUUUCCUGUCCAGUUCAUUGUAUAGGUAUAUAUACCUACCUAAUGAACUUAUUGGUUUGGAUGGCUUAGAUCGUUUUCGUACACAAUGUUCUUAUGACUUAAUAUGAAAGCAGUGGCAAAAAGGUGUAGAUAACUCUGUGUUUUAAUUAUAUUUAUUACUUGUGAUGUUACCUUGUUUUGUUGGAGAAACAAAAACUGAGGAGUAGAAAUGUUACGAGUAGAAUCACAUUUUAUAAGUUAUAUUCAAUGCAUAAGUUAAAAUUCAAAUAGAUAACCAUAUAAAAGCACACAUUUUAAGCAUAAUAUUGAGGAAGAACGUUUUUCUUUGAUUCAACAUGAUGAUGAAUUAAGGUAUAGAAAUAAAUAUAAUGUCACCAAAGAGAAGAAAAUACAGACAAUUACUAGAAUGACAAUAAUGGCAACUGUUUAUGUUUGUUUUUAAAUAAAAAUUGUUACAAAGUAAA